AUGGACGACUUUGAGGCCUUCAUGGCAGAUUAUCUGGGGAACGAAGAUGAUUACCGUGGUGUAAGAGCACCUAAAUUUGAGGGCUCCUGGCAAUAUCUUGGAAGCGCCAGUGAUGGUUGGAAAGCCAUAAAUUUUAACCAAGCCCAUCAUUCCUUGCGUCGUGGAGGUUAUAGCCAAGUUGACAAACUACGCCGAGAUUUUCAACAUAGUGUCUAUAAGUUUGGACAAUGCGAUAGGGAAAAUUUGUUGCGUAAAUAUCUUAGAAAAACACUCGUAACGAAAAUUCCCACCGAAGCCGAGGCCCCACAAAGGUUUCUUUAUCUACUGGCCAAGAAGAAUACAAUUAAUCGUAAAUUGCAAUGUGUGGUAGUAAAAAUUUUUACCAAUAGGUUGUUCAUGUUUGUCAAUAGUCGUUUCCCCAUGUAUUAUUGUCAAGGCAUAGUUCAUUACCUAAUGAUGAAUUCCAUUCAACGAUUAGAAGUGCAUGAAUUCUUUUUAAGCGGUGAAUUCAAACUACCGGCUGAUAUUAAUUUUAAUUUUUAUCAUCCUAACCCAGAUUAUUAAACAAUAUUAUUUC